AUGCCACGGAAAGACAACCCAGGUCCAAUAUCAGCUCAGGCUCAGCAAGAAUUGGUAUCAGAGGGCUUAGACAAUUUUGAAUUGCCAAAGAGUAUAGUCACGAAAAUUGCGAAAUCAGCUGUUCCCGAGAACACGAAACUCCAAAAAGAGGCGAUACUAUCCUUGGUGAAAGGUUCGACGGUUUUCAUCAACUACUUGGCUGCCACGGCGCACGACGUGGCACAAUCUAAACAACACAAGAGCAUAUCUGCGUCUGAUGUCCUCAAAGCUUUGGAAUUGAUAGAGUUGGGUGACCUUGUGGAGCCUUUACAAGCAGAACUUCAGGCAUAUCGAGAUUUAUCCAAGACAGACAAGAAGAAGAGUGGUAGUGCUAAGCCUGGCAGGAGCAGUUCGACAACAUCUAAAACCAAGGGCAAAGAGAAGGCCAUGCCAUCUAUAUCUGCACCUUAUACGUCUAUUCCGCUCGCAGCAGCGGAAGGCGAAUCUAUAUCCGCGACUCCAGGCAAGAUGAUAGUUGCAGAUGGCGAGGACGGCGAUGUCGAUAUGGAGGGCGGGGGAGAGGAGGAGGAGGAGGCGGAUGUCAUUGACGAUGAAGAAGUCGAGGGCAACAAUGCCGCAAUUUCAGAUAGAGAAAAGGGAGAACCAGAGACAUGA